UCCACAACAGCCACAAUCCUAAUGCCACUCCAUGACAGCACAUUAUCUAUAUGAAUGCCCCAACGCACAGACGUAUGGACUGCUUCAUAUGAGACCGUCGAGGACUGUUGACAGACUAGUAGUCUACAGACCGAAUAGAGUCAAUAGACUAUAAAUGUCCCAGCGCUGAACUGACAUCUGAACACGGUAGUGUCAUGGCUAACGCCAUCCAAGAGCACGUGGACACCGACAAGGACUCACCGAAAGAGAACAAACCGGAGAAUCAUACUCGCUCCCUGAGCUCGCCACCUUCACCGCAGACAACGUGCACACAGCAGGGAAUGGAUGGAAUAAAAGUAUACAUGCAAGAGCGGGAACUGUGGGAUAAAUUCCACGAGGUUGGAACAGAGAUGAUCAUCACUAAGGCGGGAAGGCGGAUGUUCCCCUGCUACAAGGUGAAGGUGACGGGCCUCAACCCUAAAAGCAAGUAUAUUCUCCUCAUGGAUAUCGUGCCAGCAGAUGACCACCGCUACAAGUUCGCUGAUAAUAAAUGGCAAGUCUGUUUCGGGAAGGCAGAGCCGGCCAUGCCAGGGUUGUCGUGCCACCCUGACUCUCCAGCCACUGGGAGCCACUGGACACGCCAGCUUGUCUCCUUCCAGAAACUCAAACUCACUAACAACCACCUGGACCCUAUUAUAUUAAACUCAAUGCAUAAAUACCAACCCCGCCUCCACAUCGUCAAAGCAGAUGAACACAAUGGGUUUGGUUCCAAGAACACAGCCUUCUGCACGCACAUGUUCUCAGAGACCUCAUUCAUCGCCGUGACAUCAUACCAGAACCACAAGGUACUGAAACACUGAAAAGACAAAGUCAUUAUUAUUUAGUUAACAAAGUCACAUUUUUGUUCAUCUUAUUUGGUCAGAUAUUUCUGGAUUAUUUUGUCAUAGAUACAAUUGAAUUAUCCAGGUCCUGUUGUGCAGAUUAUUUAAAUGAGUUGCAGCUAAAGCAGGCCAGAGUUGUCUUAUGGGUGUAUCUUUUUUUCCAUGUGAAUCAGUGCAUUAUUCCCCAGGGUCACUGUUCUCAAUUCAACAUGUCAAGUUUGAUAACAGUGUGUACACUUCACAGGGGCAGUUCUGACCUGUUCCUUUCCUUUGAUCAUGUCUGU